AUGACGAAUCAUCACUGGUCCCAUCUCUGGAAUUUCCUGAUCUUACUGGUGGCAGUUGCUGCUCUUUUGGUUCCAUCCAGCCAGGCGUUCUCACAGCAUCCUCUUCCCACUACCGCUAGAAACCACCAUUGUCAUGACCCAAGACGACCAUGUCGCAGUGUCUUGUUCAUGGCUCUGACACCGAUAGGACCCUUUUGUCCAUUUCGCAGUGCCGCCGCAACGGCAAUGGAUGCUCCCAUGGAUGAAAUGCAGGAACAUGCUCCGGAUUUUGCCACCGAAAUGACACGUUUCCAACUCGACUUGCAAAUGGGACAAACUCCCGAACCCGAACGACUCCGCGUCGUUGCCAAUGGAUUGGAUCACGCCGUCGAUCAAUGGGAAACUCUGGUGACCCGUCUACGCAUGAGUGGAGACUUUCAAACCAAGGAAUAUGCCAAAUUGAAUCACCGAAGCCCAUUUGAAUGUGCACGGACAAUCCGUGGCACAAUUGGGUGCCAUGAUGCGAUGGCAAUCGGCCUGUAUGCGGGCCAUGGCCGACAAAACACAUCCACCUCUUCCUCCACCCGAUAUCGAUCUUGGAAAACUCAUGGCGGAAGCGAACAACGACUCUGCUGA